GCUCCUCCUCGUAGUGCCUGGGCCCGGGGAUUCGGGGGCUCCCGGAGGUGUCGCGUGGAGCCGGGACUGGCCGCCAUGGAGCGAGGUGGCGACGCCCCGAGCCCGGCAACGGACAUGUUCUCUCUGGCUGGGCUCGGAGCCGCGCUGCGGGCUGUUCCGGAGACUCCCGAUGCCGCCUCGCUGAGCUACUUGCAGCUCCCCUGGCAGCGGGAGCGCCGCGUGGGCAAGGUGCCUAGCCAUCGCCGCCGCAGGGCCGCCCGCCUGCACCGCAAGGUGGGGCCUAUGGGCAAGGAGAUCCACGCUUUGAAACGUUUGAGAGAAGCUGCCAAUGCUAAUGAUUUAGAAACAGUGCAGCAGCUUCUGGAAGACGGAGCUGACCCCUGUGCUGCCGAUGACAAAGGUCGAACAGCGCUGCACUUCGCUUCCUGCAAUGGCAAUGACCACAUUGUGCAGUUGCUUUUGGACCAUGGAGCUGACCCAAACCAGCGAGAUGGUCUAGGAAACACACCCCUGCACUUGGCUGCCUGCACAAAUCAUGUUCCUGUCAUCACCACACUGCUUCGUGGAGGUGCUCGAGUAGAUGCCUUGGAUAGAGCUGGAAGGACUCCACUACACCUGGCCAAGUCAAAGCUAAACAUCUUGCAGGAAGGCCUUUCACAGAGCCUUGAAGCGGUUCGUCUUGAAGUAAAGCAGAUAAUCCAGAUGUUGCGGGAGUAUCUUGAACGUCUUGGUCGCCAUGAACAGCGGGAACAAUUGGAUGAUCUUUGCACCAGGCUACAGAUGACUAGCACCAAAGAACAGGUGGACGAGGUUACUGACCUCUUGGCCAGCUUCACCUCCCUCAGCUUGCAAAAGCAGAAGAUAGAGAAGAGGUAACGGGCUUUCUCACUGCUCUCUCAACUGAAAGGAGAAGCUGGAGCUGCCCUGCUGCCAAUACCAAUCAUGUUUUUCCUCUUGGCUCUGAGCUGAGCCUGGACUGGACUGCACGGCGCCGUCACUGCCUUGGAUGCUUCCUCCGGGACGAGAGGUUCAUGCUGAAGUCCUGACCUUGUGAAGAAGGGGCUGAACUUUUCACUCUCCUGCUUUAACAAGCGUGGGCAAAAUGUUUUCGGUAUGCUGCCCUUUCAGGGGCAUCUGUAAGGUCCCGCAAGUGGUAGAUCCAUUGUAUUUCAAGCACAUCUGGGAAACAGCUGUCUGGUACGCCAUCACACUCAAGUCUGCCUCUAAUUUGAUGUUUUUGGUAUUCAAGCACAUGGAUCACUGAACAUUUGUACAAGUGGUGAGAGGUGCUUAUACCCCUGGUGGGCAGCUUUUUCCUCCCAGGGGUCAUAAUUUGAACUGAGAGGGCUGAGGGGCCAGUAAUGCUGCUGUGCCCCCGACUGAGAUAUAAAAGGCUGUUUAACAGGGGGGGCCCUCCCCCCGGAUCUCAUGCCCCUCAGCUGCUCACUCCCAUUUCCUGUAUUUCGGAACACACACAGGAAUCAGUAGCUGAGGUAUAUAAGGGGAGAAUCCUGCUUUUGCUGUUCGUUUUGGAGGCUAGCAGCAUAAGGGUGAAAGAGCUCUUGUGGAGAUGAAAGGUUUGGUUGCAUUUUAAGGAGGACCCCAGCACCCAAUUGGGAAGUUAUUCGGAAGCCAAAUGAGAAGUCCCCAGGGGCCAGAGUAGUCUCCUGGCCCCAGCUUGCCUGUUCAUCCCUUAUAUCCUUGUCUUUCCCCCCCUCCAGAAAAACCAAGAAAGAAUGAAUUUUGCAUACUUCCCCUUACAAAGAAUCUGCAUAUUUUAUUGGGGGAAUAAGUUGUGUGCUUUCCUAAUGGGGAUGUGUGAUUUGGACAAUUGACACUUACUGAACUGUGCUAAGCUUCAGUUAAGUGGGCCAUGGAAAAGUCUUUUGGCUUGUAUCCUAGAUUUUAUUUCACAUGACGGUCAAAGAAAACUUGCUUUCUCAAUUGGGGGCUAAAAGAGAAACAUCUCCACAGGUUUACUAAGAAAAGGAUUUGCCUUACACAAAGGGAGGGACUGGACCCCAAUGCAUGCCAACCUAGCCCAUCAGUCUACAACCCCUCAAGGAUGUAGUCACUUCACAACACUGUGUUUUGACUUCAGUCUGCUCACAAGUGUGUAAGGGGGGGUAUAUUUAGCAAAUUGGUUCUCAGGAGUCACUGGACGUGUUCCCUGCAUCACUGACAUUCCAAGCCUGGUUUAGGACCUUGAGACUAGUGAGAUAUUAUGACCUUUGGUUUUUAAAUAGGCAGUUUUUAAGGCAGAGAAGAAUUAACUGGAUUCAUAUCUUUAGAUACAAGUCUAAAUCUUGGCUUUCAUGACCCAAGCAGCUUUGAUAGAGAAUCAUGAACGCUCAGGAGAGGAAAGUUUGGGGGUGACAUGACUCUGACCUUCUGGAGCCAUCACUGUGAAUGCAAAGAUCUUCAUGCCAAUGUGCAAGGAGGGUGGGAGGCUAUUUGAACUUUUCCAUUGUAGAUUUCAAUAAAAAU